AUGGAGCUGCAGUCGGCAUGUGUCGGGCACCAGCACAAAUGCAAAGCCUUCGUCCUGGAGCCAGUCUCAUCCAGGCCCAAGAAGGACGCCGACACCGACCUUGGCACCCGCCCCCAGCCAUCCCAUGGAAGAUACCUGCGCCCGGAGCCCAGCGGACUACAGCCAGCAGCAAAGCGGAAGCACGUGGAGAAACCGAACUUUUGCGGAAGAGGCGGGCGCAGCCUAACGGAUGCCUGGAAGCUGGCUCUCACAGAUCACUCCUCCGCGACGCGCGUCUCGCUCGGGCGCUUAAAGGCGGGGCGUGCGCCGGCGCACUAA